GGAGCGGGGCAGGGGCGGGGCCCGCCCGCGCAGGCGCAGUGAGGGGAAGGCGUGCAUGGGGGAGCCUGGGGCUGAGGAGGGGGCCCCCCCGAGUGAGGUGGCCCCGGCAGUCGGGGGGGGCUGCGCUUGCCUCGGGGACCCCGACGUCCAGGGGGACCCCGACACCCCCCUUCCCGGUGACGCCGAGGCGGAGGCCCUGCAGCGCGAGGCCGCGUGCCGCGAGCUGGCCCUGAUCCGGGGGGCCCUGGCGCUGCCCCCCCCCGGCCCCGGCGACCCCCUGGGGGACAUCGUGGCCAAGGUGACAUCGGUCCUGUCCCAGCUGCCCCCUGACUCGCCCUCCCUGGCCCCCCUCCUGCGGACACCACUGACCCCCCGGCAGUGGGAGGUGCUGGGGCGGCUGGCGGCGGCGCUGGGCGCCGAGUACGAGUGUCGCCGGCGGGUGAUGGUGACGCGCUGCGAGGUGACGCUGGCCUCCUUCCUGGGGGCCGCGGGGGCCAAGGCCAGCGAGGCGGCGGCGGUGUGGGGGGCGCUGGCCCGGCUGCGGCAGGCGGCCGCCCGCCCCCCCCCGGGGCUGCCCCACGUCCUGGCAGCCCGGCAGGACGCGUCGCGCCUGGCCCCCACCAGCGCCGGCACCACCCGCACCCCCUGCGCCCUCAACCAGGUGAUGAUGGGGCCGGUGCCGGACCGGGGGGGCCGCCCCGGGGAGCUGGAGCCCCCCAUGCGCCCCUGGGAGCCGCGGCGGCAGGGGGGCAGCCGCCCCCCCCGGGGCCGGCGGAAGCGGCGCUGAGCCCCCCCCUCCUUCCCGGACGCCUGGGCCCCUCCCGGAGCCGGCGGUGGAGGUGGGCCGGACACCUGGGCCCCCUCUUUGGGGGGGGGGGGCAGAUUUACCCAGCUGUGACAUUAAAAUGUGUCCCCCCCCCCA